AUGGCAUCGGUCCCAUCACAAGUGCCAUCUGCUCCUAUCACCUCCCCAUCCAGAUACCCUAUUCCAGAGCCAUGCGAUCCUUCCAGGCCUCAUCAAGUUCCAGUAACCGUUGAUAUGAGCCAACUGAAGGAAAAACAAAUCCUCGACUCCGACAAACCAGAAGACAGUCCGAACACUGUUUCCGUUCAGAAGAAAGUAGUCAGCGUUUCGGUCGAUAGGCGUAAGUGUAACCAGUGA